UGCUUUGUUUGGGUCGAAACUAUUUGGCUAGAGAGUUUGUUGACACGAAUACUGGGGAAGUUUCCACUGCAUGCUCGAAGUUAGAAGACUGCUCUCAGUUUACGAGCAGAGAAAAUGCUUUCACCCUGGAUCUGGAUUGUUCUCUGCGGGCUCUGUCCAACCAUGGUGUUUGGAGGGAAGGUUCUUGUUUUCCCUGCCGACGGGAGUCACUGGGUGAACAUGAACGUCAUCAUUGAGGCACUGCAUUCAAGAAGUCACCAGGUUGUGGUUGUGCGAUCAACAGACAGCUGGUACAUCAAGGAAACCUCUCCAUAUUAUUCCUCGGUUACACUCCAAACGGAGUCUGGAUUUGAUAAAAACUUUGUGAAAGAGUUUACGUCAAAGCUGCUGGAGCUCCAAAGGAAGGGGGCGUCUGCCUGGGCACGUCUAAAGCUACAGAUGGAACAAGUACAGGUGGCCAGCAAGAUGCAUGAGAAAACAUCCAAAUUGCUUGAGCUGCUUUUUGAAAACAAAGAUCUGAUACAGUCGCUUCAAGAUGCCAAAUACGACCUUGUCCUAACAGACCCUGUUCUUCCAGCAGGUGUUUUACUUGCCCACUACCUCAGGUUGCCUCUUGUGUUUAAUGUCAGAUGGACCAGUCACGGAGAAGGCCACUUUUUAAUCGCACCCUCUCCUUUGUCUUAUGUUCCAAUUCCAGGAACAGAGUUAUCAGACGAGAUGAGCUUCCUUCAGAGAGUUCUUAAUGUGCUUGUAUCUGUCUUCUCUAAACUUCAUGUUGUACAACAUAUUUUACCAUAUUAUGAUGCCUUAAUUAGAAAAUAUUUAGGGCCAGAUGCAGACUACCAGUCCCUGUUUCAGGCUGCUGAUCUGUGGCUCAUGAGAGUGGACUUUGUCUUUGAAUUUCCUCGUCCCACCAUGCCUAAUGUCAUCUACAUGGGAGGGUUCCAGUGUAAACCUGCAAAACCACUUCCUGCAGACCUGGAGGAGUUUGUGCAGAACUCUGGGGAGCAUGGAUUCAUCUUCAUGUCUCUGGGAACAAUAAUUGGAGAGCUCCCCUCUGACUUUGCUGAUGCUAUUGCUGCAGCUUUUGCUCGAGUACCUCAAAAAGUCAUCUGGAGAUUUAAAGGCAACAAACCAGCCGCUCUGGGCAACAACACUUUGCUGGUGGACUGGAUGCCACAAAAUGAUCUGUUGGGACAUCCCAAGAUUAAACUUUUUGUGGCUCAUGGAGGAACAAAUGGCAUUCAUGAAGCAAUUUAUCAUGGAGUUCCCAUCUUAGGAAUUCCACUGAUUUUUGAUCAACGUGAUAAUCUGUUUAAAAUUGAAACAAAAGGAGCGGGGAAGAUAAUUGAUAUCUUUACUAUGAAUGAAGAAAUCUUCUAUCAGGGAAUUCAGGAAGUCCUGAAUGAGCCCUCAUACAGGAUGAACAUGCAGAGACUCUCCAGGCUGCUCAGAGAUAAGCCCAUGAAGCCCAUGGACAGUGCCCUCUUCUGGAUAGAGUUUGUCAUGAGACACAAAGGUGCAGCUCACCUAAGAACACAGUCCUACAAGCUGCCCUGGUACUCCUACCACUCGGUUGACGUCUUCUUGUUCCUCGCUGGAGCUUUGCUUCUCGUACUACUCACUGCUUUCAUGUUGAUCAGGUGUUUGUUCACUAGAAUGUGCAAGAGAAAAGUGAAAAGGGAGUGACUUUUUAAAGGCUGCAAAUUUUUUUACAAGCUAUAAAAUGAAAAACAUUAAGUCUCAUUAUUUGGAGGGAAUGUUUGCUGCAUCUCUCCAACUGAAAUGAAAAAAGAAAAUUAAUGACACUGUCAAGGUAAAUCUUUGUGAUACGCUGUUCUGUUUUUUUGUAUGAAAUUAAUAAGUAGCGCAAUCUUUAUCAUAAGCAAAAUUGUAUAAAUAAAUUACAUGGAAUUGAUGUAAAUUAGGUUGUUCUUUAAUUUUUCAAUUGGAGACAUUUACACCUCAUGCUUGAAAAUGUGAUGCACUGAAUAACGUAUCACGGACAGGAGCAGCUAUGCCUCCAAUAUUUGCUAUAUAUACAAUAUGUGCUGAGCUGUUUACCCUUGAAGUACACAUCUGUGUUUUCUUGUCGAUAUCUCCUACUAACCAGCAAGUGGUGCAUCUUUUUAUCAUUACCUAUGUGUUGGAAGAGAAGAAGCAUAAUUAGUUUCAACAUGCCGCAACCUUUUUUGUGCAUUUGGUACUCCGUAAUGUAAAUGUAAAAUAUUUUAAAAAUGCUAAUGUUGGGCUAUCAAAACAUUUUUCAAUAAAUACUG